AUGGAAGCAGCUUUCGUCGACACUAGGAAGACUGCCGUUUAUGAACCCACAACGGAGGCAUCAGGAUUCAGCAGCACGGGUAAUUCCACGUGGGACAGUGCAGCUGGCCUUCAAUUGAUACGCCACGUCAGCAGCAACAUCCCGUGCAGCAGCUGCAGCAGCUCGCAGAGCGACUCUUCGUGCGACUCGUUUUGCCUCGACGAAAUGGUCUCCGAGUUUAUGGAGGAAGAUAGCGACGCUGGAGACGCUGGCGACGGUUAUGACUGUCGCACGAACAGUUUCCAUGCUUCUCAGGCGAGGUCUGCCAGGAAAUCCGAUGUGGAACCUGCAGAAGCGUUGGCGGCGCGAGACGGCUCACAACGACCAUCAAUAACCCGAGAUGGCGAAAAUGACAGUGGUGGGCGUGACUCGCCGAGAUGCGUCGGCGAAAAACGGGACAACCACGUGUACGACGCUCCUGCUGACGCGUGGCGGUGUCAAUUCUGCGGAGGGGCUCAGUGUGACGGUGUGGACUGCCAGCGGCAUACGAGUUACAAUCACCACGGCGUUUAUGUGAAUCAGCAACGGACAGCAAACAGUUCAUGCAGCGAGAUUGAACAGCUCGCAUCCAUGAUUGAGCCACUCAGCUGCUGCGAGACUCCAGAGGAAUAUGCAGUGCUUGAUGUUGUGACUUCUGCCAUGGAGCACACAGUGACCUCGUCUGCUGAUCUCCGCACAAGCGGCAGCAGCAGCAGCAGUAGAAUACGCAAUACUGUGGUGCAGCAGUUGCGGGGUCGGGGAUAUGAUGCUGCUGUGUGUUAUUCUCAGUGGGACUACUCCAAUGGCAUCCCUGAUGGCUCGCAUGAGUACUGUGACGUCAUCCUUCAUCCAUCCACCCCACAUCGUCCACCUGAGAGGCUCAUUGUCGACCUCGAAUUUCGGGCACAGCCAAGAGCUGCUGUGGUGGGCCUGCUGGCGAGAGGAAUGAAAGAGCUGGCUCUGCACCGCCAGGCAGUGGUUUGA